CACACAGCUGUUUGCCUAAAUGGCCUUGUAAACGUCACUUUUUUUUGACAAUGAAUCAGUGUGCAGAGAAGAAGAAGAAGAAGCUAUUUACAAAAGAAAAUCUGUAUUGACGAACGAAAAACUAGAAAAAUUUACGAUAAAAACUACGAAAAAUAAGAAAUUUUGGUGAAAUUUUUAACUCAAACAGGUCUGCUAAUAUGGCAGACAAAUUUUCCUAUCAAAGAACGGUGCAAAGUUUAGCACGAGUGCUGGCACAGAUAAAACCAACGCCCUGGGAAAAGGUGCAAGCUUUAUUCCGCUAUUGUCCUCAAGAAAAUGCUGCUGGUGUUUUUUGUUUAGAUUCUCGUUCCCAAGAUGCAGUCAUAGCCUUGGGUCUCUACUUCCUGGAGAGUGGUUGUCAACAUGAAGAACGUAUUGUACCCUAUUUGCUGAGAUUGGCCAAGUGUUUGCCUAAAGCUGUUUGGGUGGAUGAUGGCAAAUGGAGUAAAAGUGAUAGAAUACCCUCUGCCGAAAAGUUCAGUUUCUGCUUGAACACUUUGCUCUCUGAUAUUGUGGUAAAAUGUCCUGACUUGCGGGAAGAAAUCAUACUAAAUCAAGUGGAAACAUUGGGUGCUCUAGCCAAUAUCAUUAAAUCAAGUAAAGAAAGCAGUUCUGCUCCUCCACCCAUUAUAUUAUGCAAAGCUACAGUACCUUUGCUAUUCGGUUUAGCAAGAUCUAUGGGUCGCUAUGCUUCACAGGAACCUGCUUUACUCUGUCGCAUUUAUCCCAGAGAAGAAAUGCCAGUAGUGCGGCCCAAUUCACGUGAGGGUGGUAGUUAUAGCUCUAGUGAACGUCUGGCUUUUACACAAUUUCGUCCCAUUAUACCGCGCUCCAUGUCGGGCAGUUUAAGUCAGGAUUCCAAUGAAAUACGCAUGCGUCAAAUCUCGGUUAUAGCCAAUUUGAAUAAACAAAAACCUCAACUGCACACCUAUUUCUCAGUGCCCUAUGAUCCACGCACCCAUUUUUUUACACGCUACGGUUCGAGUUUUAAUCAAUUCCCCAACAUGCGUGUUACUGAUACGCCCACAAAAACCCAGAAACCAGUAACAAUGCCUCCUUUUCCUAUACAACAUUUGCAGACCAUCUUUUCGGUGGCUAAAAAACUCUUAACCAAAGAAACUCUAGAACAUUUGGAUGAACAAGCCAGCGAUAUUUUUGCUUUACAUCAGAUUAAGGGUUAUUGUUAUAAAAGUUUUUCGGAAACUUUAAAUCUAGUAUUGGUUACUUUACUAAGAGAAAUUCUACAGCAUCAAAUCGAUUUACCGGCUCCUUUUACCAAAGAUGUACAGGAGUUUGUUAAGCGUUUAUUUCUGAAUGGUCAAACGGAAUUGCAAAAUAAACAACAAGAUCAUGAACGUGAAAAACGUGAAGAGAAUGGCAUUCCAGUGGUCAAUAAAUAUAAAGUAAAUGUUAUGGCCAAUGCCGCCUGUGUGGAUUUGUUGGUUUGGGCCAUACGUGAUGAGACUGUUGAUGAGGAGUACAAUGUACCUUCAUUGCAGUAUGCUUUAUCUUAUAUAAUGCAAAAAGAGGCCGAUAAACUAUGUGGUCGUCUCUCACAAAAACUCAACUCUCAACUUUCACACAAAAUCGUUAUGGAUCAUAUGCCUUUACUAAUGGUCUGCCUAGAGGGUCUAGGCAAAUUGGCACAGAAAUUUCCCAAUAUUGCUAAUACAUCAAUAUCUUAUUUAAGAGAUUUUCUAGUUGAUCCCAGUCAAAUACUGGCCAAACUCCAUGCCCAUUCACAGCAACUAAUGGCUUUGCAGAAAAAGGAAAAAGAAGUAACACCCUUUAAGAUUGUUGUGCAAAAUAGUGAAUCCCGUUCGACGGUGGAUAUAUUUGGAGAAAGUAAGAAAUAUGCUCCUUUAAGGACAGGACAAGCGGCCUUUGAGGCUUUACGAGAUGCAGCCAUAGAAAACUUGAGUAUAGCUUUGAGAGCAGCACAACCAGUAGAUCAAUUUUGUGUACCCGCUUUGGUGGCUAAUGUAUCAAAUCGUUUAUUUACCGCCGAAAAACAUGAAUCAGAAUCCACCCUGGUUAGCUUGAACAUAAUAGUCAUGUUAGGCCAUGUGGCGGUCGCCUUAAAGGAUACCUCCAAAACUACCCAAAAUAUAUUGCAGUUCUUUAUACAACGUUUUUGCAAAGUCCCCUCCGAACAGAAUGCCCUAAUUGUCGAUCAAUUGGGCUGUAUGAUCAUCUCCCAGUGUGAGACGCAUGUCUUUGAGGAGAUUAUGAAAAUGUUUUCACGCGUUACCGUACAAUCGGCUUCGCUGGCCUAUACCUCGGAUCCGGAGCACCGCAAACAAUUCUUUAGUGUUUCGGAUGCUGUAGUCAAUGCUCUGGGUAAUAUUGCGGCCAAUAUACAAGGUGACGACGAGAAAUUAGAACUGUUGGGCAAGCUGCUCGAACUCUUUGUACAAAUCGGCCUUGAGGGAGAGCGUUCCUAUGACAACACGCCUGGGGCGCCCAAGGCCAGCUCUAGUGCCGGCCAUUUAGGUAUGUUAAUACCGGUAAUUGCUGUACUAUUGCGACGCCUGCCGCCCAUAAAAAAUCCUCGUUUGCGUUUGCACAAACUAUUCAAAGAUUUUUGGGUUUACUGUGUAGUCAUGGGUUUUACAAACGCUCGUCUCUGGUCACCCGAGUGGUAUAUGGGAGUUCAGCAAAUUGCUGCCAAGUCGCCACUAUUGAUAUCUCAAACUACCCAUAAGUCUGAUAUGCGUGAGCUAAAUUAUACAUCGGCCAUUAAAAGUGAUUCGGUUAGUUUGAAUGAAUUGCGCACUCAAAUAUUAUUAUUGCUGGAGCAUCCUACAGCCGAGGUAACAGCCUGUAUAAAUAAAUUGACCUUUGCUCAAUGUACAUAUCUAUUGAGUGUUUAUUGGUUGGAAAUGUUGCGCGUCGAGAAUGCCGAAGAGCCCAGUUUGGAGCCGAUUUUGACGUAUUUGUGUGAUCCGGCUUUGCAAAAAGAUAAAUCGGGCAUUUGGCAGUGUGUAAAAUGUGUGGCCGAUCAGGUAUUCGAGAAAUUCCGCAAUGUUUUAUUUACUCGUGAUGAAAUUCGUGAAAAAGUCUUAGAAUCCCAGGCCACUUUGCUUUUGGUCUACUUUAAUCAUAUACACAAACAAAUACAAGUGGUAGCCGAUCAAUAUCUUUCUCAAUUGGUGGAUAAAUUUCCUCAUUUAUUGUGGAAUCGUCGUGUUCUAUGGUGUAUGCUGGAUGUUUUACAAUUACUAGCCUUUUCCCUAACUUUGGAUCCCAAUGAGGAGACCCCUACUCUACGUGUGGUUUCUACCCCCUAUACUCUACAGUUGAUGGAUUCUCUACCAGCUCGUGAAGGACGUCUUAAGGAUUUUGCUGACCGUUGCCAGGGCAUUGUCAACGAAGCCAUGAAGUGGGCUCCCCGUUCCACUAAAUCCCAUUUGCAAGAAUAUCCCAAUCAAAUACCCACCCAAGUAUUGGCUCAUCAUAGUGGCUUGGCAUUAGCAUUUGAUUCUGUAGUUAGUACGAAUACCUUCUAUCCCAAUGCUUUACCUUCGAUUAGUAAACGUCCCAAUUGUGUACGCUCGGAUACUCCCCGUUUUGUGUCAGUCUUAUGUUUACGCAGUAAAUAUGCUGGUGAAAUAUCGGGUCUUCUAUCGGUGCUAAGUGAAGAGGAAAAAGCGGGGCUGGCUGAUCGUUUGGUUAAGGAUGUUUGGGAUGCCUGUAAGGAGAAAAGUGAUGCUAGACAUCGUGGUGCAUUAUGGAGAGCUACGGCAUAUUUGAUUAUAUGCUCGGAUAUCAAUCGUAAACUUUUACAUGCUGUGGCCACCUCCCAAGUGGAACUAUUUACCGAAUCGGCCAUGGAGACUGCUGUCGAAUGUUGGCAAUGGGUUUUAACUGCUCGCCAAGAUUUAGAGUUGUGCUUCAUACAAGAAAUGGUCUCGGCCUGGCAGACUACAUUCGAAAAGAAAAUUGGUUUAUUCGCGGAAGAAGGUGAAAUAACCUCGCCCUUGGCUGCGUACGAAGGAUGUAAAUUGGUGCCGAAACCUAUUUUAAUUUCACCUCAUCUCAUUUGGCUACAAUUACUCGCCGAAAUGGUUGACACCGCCAAAUACUGUAAUCGUGAUAAAGUGGAAAUGUUUUGUCUACUACUGCAUCGUUGUCUACCCAUUGCUAAGAAUAGCAGACAAAAUAGACAAGUUGCCACCAUAGGCUGUCGUUUUAAGCUGUUACAAUGUGGCUUGUCCUUGCUGCAGGGCAAUACUAUACCAAAAUCUUUGGCACGAAAUAUUUUAAGAGAACGUAUUUACAGCAAUGCUUUGGAUUAUUUCUGUGGUCCACCUACUUGCCCCAAUCAGGGUAAGGAACAGUUGCUAGAUGACAUUUUGAUUUUAUUGAAAUUCUGGCAAACCAUGCGCAGUGAAAAGAAACACUUGGUAACGUCAGAAGUGGGUGAUUAUGACAUACCCUCAGCUACACCCAAUCACAUGUUGACCGUUAAUAAAAACCCAGAAACAGCUUCUCUUAUUAGCACCGGAGAAAUGGGUAGAUCUUCCUCGAUAGCUGGGGCAGGUGGUGGUGGUUGGUAUAAUACCAUACCACACUCGACCUCAACUCUAUCCAAAAGAUCUAAUCGUUCCAAACGUUUGCCUUACCAAAAGGAUUCAUAUGAUAAGGAUUAUAUGAAGAAACGUAAUUUGAUUUUGGAAUUACUGGCGGUGGAAAUAGAAUUCUUGAUUACUUGGUACAAUCCCAAUAGUUUACCCGAUUUGGCCAUACCUGGCGAGGAGCAAAUUACCGAAUGGCGCAAUCGCCCCUAUAAGGUUAAUGUCUGGCGUGAUUAUGCCCGUUUGGCCUGGAAUUAUAAUCCCGCUUUAGCUGUCUUCCUACCCUCACGCAUUAAGAAUGCCGAGUCCAUAGAAGAAGAGGUAACACGUUUAGUAUGUUCUGAUCCCAUAGCAGUAUGCGAAAUUCCAGAGGCUCUUAAAUAUUUGGCCACUACUAAGAAUCUACUACAAGAAAGUCCCGAUUUAAUGUACAUACUCGCCUGGUCUCCAGUCAAUCCCAUACAAGCACUCUCCUACUUCUCACGUCAAUAUCCAUCUCAUCCCUUAACGGCACAGUAUGCAGUAAAGACUUUAAAUUCCUAUCCAGCAGAAUCGGUGUUACCCUACAUUCCACAACUGGUACAAGCUUUACGACACGACACUAUGGGCUAUGUAUCCGAGCUCAUUAAGAACAUUUCCAAGAGAUCACAAAUUGUCGCCCAUCAGUUAAUUUGGAAUAUGCAAACGAACAUGUACAUGGAUGAGGAUCAAUUGCAUAAGGAUCCUUAUCUCUAUGAUGCACUCGAGGCUUUAAGUCAAAAUAUAAUAUCGUCCUUUUCGGGUGCGGCCAAACGUUUCUAUGAACGUGAAUUUGAUUUCUUUGGCAAGAUAACCGCCGUUUCGGGUGAAAUACGUUCUUAUCCCAAAGGACCCGAACGUAAAAAUGCCUGUUUGGCGGCUUUGAGUAGGAUUAAAGUGCAAUCGGGUUGUUAUUUACCCUCCAAUCCAGAGGCUAUGGUAUUGGAUAUUGACUACAAUAGUGGUACUCCUAUGCAGAGUGCUGCAAAGGCUCCCUAUUUAGCUAGAUUCCGGGUCUACAGAUGCGGCAUAACAGAGUUGGAAACUAGAGCAAUGGAGGUGUCUAAUAAUCCGAAUUCUCAAGAAGAUGCUAAAAUGACAUUGGGUGUAGAAUCCUGGCAGGCGGCCAUUUUCAAAGUGGGUGAUGAUGUACGACAGGAUAUGUUGGCUUUGCAAGUGAUAACUAUUUUCAAAAAUAUAUUCCAACAAGUUGGUUUAGAUCUUUUCUUAUUUCCUUAUCGUGUGGUGGCUACAGCUCCAGGGUGCGGUGUUAUUGAAUGUGUACCAAAUGCCAAAUCACGUGAUCAAUUGGGUCGUCAAACCGAUUCCGGUUUAUACGAAUACUUCUUGCAUCAAUAUGGCGAUGAAAGUUCUCGUGAAUUUCAAGCUGCUCGCGCCAAUUUCGUUAAAUCAAUGGCUGCCUAUUCGUUAAUAGGCUAUUUGCUACAAAUCAAAGAUCGUCACAAUGGCAAUAUAAUGAUCGAUAAAGAUGGCCAUAUUAUACACAUAGAUUUUGGCUUUAUGUUUGAGUCUUCACCGGGCGGCAAUAUAGGCUUUGAACCCGAUAUGAAACUAACCGAUGAAAUGGUUAUGAUUAUGGGUGGCAAAAUGGAGGCACCCGCUUUCAAAUGGUUCUGUGAAUUGUGUGUACAGGCCUUUUUAGCUGUACGACCCUAUCAGGAUGCUAUUGUUUCUCUGGUCUCGCUAAUGUUGGACACUGGCUUGCCAUGCUUUAGAGGACAAACUAUUAACUUAUUGAAACAACGAUUUGUUUCAACGAAAAAUAAUAAAGAGGCAGCAGCUCAUAUGCUGGCCGUUAUACGUAAUUCUUAUCAAAAUUUCCGUACACGCACCUACGAUAUGAUACAAUACUAUCAAAAUCAAAUACCCUACUAAAAUAGUAAAACCAAAAUACAUAUAUUAAUAGAUAUAUAUAACCGUAUCAGUAUUUUAUUAAAGAGAUACUGUUAAUGAAAAAAAGUUUUGGUUUUAGGUCUUUUUUCAUUUGGAAAAAAUUGGAGGUGCUUAUGAAUUUUUUCUUUUUAUUAAGUAAUUAAAUUUAUUUUUGAUAUUUUGUUUAUUAUAUUUGUGUUUAAUAUAAGUUUUUUGUUUUUGUUUUUAAUAUUAAAAAAAUAUUUGCAAAAUAUUUAAGAAAUAUUUAAAAAAUAUAUUUGUUUAGUUUAAGUGUAGUUUGUUCCACUAAAAAGUAAAACAUAGUUUUAGUUUAAAUUCUAUAAUUAUUGUUGUAUUUAUUCUUUAUGGUGUAAUUUUUAAUUCUAACAACAAAAAAUAUAAAAAUAUGAAUUUUAAAUAAAAUUUAAAUAAAGUUCUAGUUAAAA